CUCGCCAGUCUCUGCGACUCCGCGGAAGCUCAGCAGUGAGACGCGCGCGCCGCCAGCUCUGCUCGAGAUGGAGCAGACCGAGGUGCUAAAGCCACGAACCCUGGCCGAUCUGAUCCGCAUGUUAUACCAUCUGUUCUCCGGCGACGAGGUCAAUGUGGAGGAGGUGCAGGCCGUCAUGGAAGCCUACGAGAGCAACCCCGCCGAUUGGGCUGAGUACGCCAAGUUCGACCAGUACAGGUAUACCCGAAAUCUUGUGGAUCAAGGAAAUGGCAAAUUUAAUCUGAUGAUUCUGUGUUGGGGUGAAGGACAUGGCAGCAGUAUCCAUGAUCACACCGACUCCCACUGCUUUCUGAAGAUGCUACAGGGCAAUCUAAAGGAGACACUCUUUGCCUGGCCUGACAAAAAGUCCAACGAGAUGAUCAAGAAGUCUGAGAGAAUCUUGAGAGAAAACCAGUGUGCCUACAUCAAUGAUUCCAUUGGUUUACAUCGGGUAGAGAAUACCAGCCACACAGAGCCUGCUGUGAGCCUUCACCUCUACAUUCCACCUUUUGAUACCUGCCAUGCCUUUGAUCAAAGAACAGGGCAUAAAAACAAAGUCACUAUGACAUUUCAUAGCAAGUUUGGAAUCAGGACUCCAUUUACAACGUCAACUUCAUUGGAGAAUAACUGA